UGGCUCUUGGCAGCUGGCUAUUUAAUAGUGACAUUCAGUCAUGCAUAAAGUAUCCACGACAAUCUGCUUUGAUGACGCGAAUAAAAAUCUCGAGGGACGUCUCGAGAAUGACGUAACACCAUCCCACACUACACGUCACACGUUUUACCCACAACGAAGGCCGUUCUUCUGCGCUGGUAUGGUUCCAAGCUGGUUUCACUUGGGCGGGAUGGUCGAUGAUGCACCGCUUUGGAGCCAUGGUAAUUAUAAGAAGAGAGGUUUGGGUGUUGGGUAGUUGUAGAUCUGGUUCGUCAACUGCGGGCCACGACGCCAAUUGCGGUGUGUCCUUCUACUGCUGCUUUUCUUCGCAGGUUGCUGUUGGGAGGUAAACAUCGCACGUGUUCCGGCCAAUGAUACUACGUCUUGCCAUGGCAUUGUCCUGAUGAGGGACAAUGUUUCACAAGAGCAGCAGGCCGCCACUGGCACCAAAAUUUGCUGCGUUAGUUUCCUUGUGUUCUCUUCCGCUCAUUAUCACUUCGGUAGCAUUCAUCGAGCACCUUUUUAACCACAGCAUUGGUCAGUCAUUCUAGCCUAACCUUGCCCAGCGGUAGAAGACUAUAAAAGACCCUUCUCGAGAGCGCUAUCAUCUCAGGCAUCAUACCACAGUUAGCAGAGGUACCUUACAUUUGCCUACGGUACUUCUCAUAAUCCUGCAGCCAUGAUACAAGAUAACUCGCAAGGAUCCACAACUACUAAUACCAUGAAUUCUUCCUCCAUGAGGGGGAGAAGUGAGAAUCCAACGGUCAAUCUCCGCCGGAAGCGUUCUGUGGAACCAGAAGAGGUACCAUCCAAACGAUCCACUACUACUAAGGAUCUCUCUACCUUUAUUACACGGUCCUUGUCCUGCAUGUUUUCGGAUGUUGCUACAUUGGACCGAGAAGAUCGCAGCUCGGAUGGCAAGGACAGCUUGCCAUCAGGAACUCUUCCCACCGACAGCAGCAGUUGGGAGGCUACCCACGAUUCUUCCAGCUUGUUUUCCUCUCAAACGAAAAAGAGAAGAUUAUUCUCACUUUCUACCUUGCAGAACCACACUACUGCCGCCUCACCGGCAGCCCCCUGCUCUGAAUCUUCCACUGCCAGUUCUAGUAGUAGCAUCCAAAUUUCUCCAAGUUCUUCUCCUCUCCCGACUACCAUUUCCACCACAACCACAUCUUCUUCGGUGGUUUGUUCCUCCAUUUCCGUUUCGUCCGAUUCCAGUCAUUGCUCUCUGCAAAGACGGCGAAAGAGUCGAUCUAUUGGCAAACUAUCACAGUCAGAUACCCUCUUCUCUUUGGUCCAUGACAUUCCUGCAUCAUCCUCCGUCAGUUGCUUUGAUAGCAGCAACAGCAGUCGAUGCAGCAGUAUUCUGGACUUGGAUGAUACCUUUUUGAGCUUGCGAGAACGAAGCGAAGAAGACGAUGACUCCUUGUCGUACUCGGAUGAUUCCAGUACAUCGUCUGAUGACGAUGAUGACGACUUGAGUGUCAAUGCCCCUCGUCGUGAGGAGAGUGGUUUAUGGUAUCCCAACAGUGGGAUGGUGGUGUACCCGCUUUGCGAUGAUGAUGAUGAUGAAGACGAGGGAGGUCUCUUCUUUUAAGUACACACCGUAUUUUUCUUUCUCUGUUCAUGGUGCUGUAACAAAAACAUAAGCAACGACAUUGGUUACUAAAUGAGACUACAUCCAUAGAGUUUGGGC